GCAACUACUGUCGGCGCAUUGGUCGACACACAGACGCAAUAAAUAGCAGACGCAACACGUGAACGAGUUGUUCGCGAGUCCCGCGAUAAAUGUCAUGCCGAGCAUCACGCUGACAAUCUCACGUCGCUUUUGCGUCAGCUGAUGGCGAACGAUUCCGAGAUUUGCGCAUAAACGGUUCGCCUGUGAACAAUCGCAGCCGUACGCAUUCCUCUACUUCGGUGACGACGACGUCGUGUUGUCCCUAUCAGAAUGCGUGUUGACACGUGCAUCCUGCUGUUAUAUCUGCCGCUUGCGAUUUUCGGCAGUGCUGAAAAAAAUGAGAGCGCUUUCGUAGCAACGCAUGAAUGGCAGACGGUGAAAAAGGGAACUCCUAUUCCCAAGGGACUUCAUGUGAGACAUAAUUUUGCAACUGGAGUAACAGAGGCUAAAUUGAUGGAUGACACAGACGAAGACGAUGAAAAUACAAACCGAUCCAAUUCCAAAUCAUUGACACUACAUCCGGAUAAGUCAGUUCUAGAAAACGAAGAGCCGGAUCCUGUGAAAAUAAAGAAAGUUUCAGAAUCUUUGAAUUCUUUGAAAUUUCCAAUCGACGAAUUGAAAGCGAGAUUGAAAAAGCUUAAGCAAGAUGAAGCAGCAGAAAUAUCAAACAUGAAUGAUGGAGAAACUCGACCAAAAACUGAGAAACGUUUCAAACAUUUUUAUGAAACUUUGAAAGAGGAACUUAAUGCUCUUAAAGUUAAUGUUACAAGCGAUUCAGAAUUAUUAAAAAAGUUUUUCCAGAAAUUUCAAUCUUACAAAAGUAGUAUCACUACAGGAACGUUAACUAGUAUAGAGAUUGAAGAAGUAUUAGAUAUUUUAAAUAAUUUAGAAUAUCUUCUUCAUCAAAUAGACAAUGCUAAAAUGUUCUCAGAUAUGAAUGGGCUGACUAAGAUCAUAUCACCAUGUCUUAAUGGAACUAAUAAUGAAAUAAAAUCGGAAGCAUUACGCCUUCUAGGAGCAGCCGCCCAAUCAAAUCCAAAAGUGCAAGCUAAGGCAUUAGAAAAUGAUUUUAUUCAAAAAGUGUUGCACGUCUUGUCUACAAAUAAUAAAAUUGAAGUAAAAUCCAGAUGUCUCUUUGCUCUAAGUGCCUUAAUACGCCAGUUUCCUGCUGCUCAGAAAGCUUGGAUUGAUCAUGGCGGUUUGCAGUUACUUGGCAAGAUUCUAUAUGACGAUCAAUUACAUAUACAAAUAAAAGCAAUGAAACUAAUUAACGAUCUAACAAUCGAAAGACGAAACCUAGAAGAAAUUCAUGAUGCCGAACAGCGUCAACAGAGAAUGAGGGAGUACGCUAUUACAGAUUUUGAGCUAAAAUUACUGAGGCACGAUUACUGUAAACUCCUAAGCAACUUAAUGGUUAAAUGCUUCAAAGAAAAGUUAACUGGCCAAUUUAGCAUAGAAAAUAACGAUUUUCUCGAAGUAGUCUCAGAUAGCAUGAUCACGAUAUCUCCUAUUUGUAAAACUGAAUUUAAGAAUAUUGAACUUUUGCUUUUACCUGUUAUAAAUAAUCUCUUAUACUUUUAUCAAAAUCCUAAUAUUAAACUCACUGUGGAUGAAACAGACGUUUUGAAGAGUUUAAUAUUACUGAUUGAAAGAUUAAAAGAAACUAUUUUUGAAGCACUUCACGAUGAACUAUAAAUAUGAAUUAAUGUCUAAGAUAAAACUAAAAAUAUACGAAAGUAUAUCAAAGACUAUAAAUUAAAUUCCAGUCUUAUGUUAAUAGAUAUGCAAUCAUGUGCAAUAGCAUAGAGCUUACUUAAUAUGUAUUUGUCAGUGUAAAAGUUUUGUCA